ACUCAGGGCUAAGGAUUAGGCUGGCCCACUGACAACAGCGCAGGCAGUGCUGCACCGCUCCUUUCCUGACAACCCCAAAGAUGACUUCCGAAGAAUCCAGCCCUCUUCUGGGCUCCAGGCAGGGGUCUGCAGGGAUCCAGGGAGCCCCAGCGCUGGAUAUUUAUUUGAGCAGAGUCCAGAACUGGAAUCUCUACCUGGCCACGUUUGCCGCUGUGUUGGGACCACUGAGUUUCGGAUUCGUCCUUGGGUACAGCUCUCCAGCAAUUCCAGCCUUGAAGCAAAGCGACAAUCCAGCUUUAAGGCUAGAUGACAACCAAGCCUCUUGGUUUGGGUCUGUAGUAACUCUGGGUGCUGCAGCUGGCGGAAUCCUGGGAGGUUACAUGGUGGAUAAAGUUGGCAGGAAGCUGAGCCUGAUGCUUUGCACGCUCCCAUAUGUUAUUGGCUUCACAGUAAUCGCUGCUGCCCAGAACAUCUGGAUGCUUUAUGUCGGCCGGCUCCUGAACGGCUUGGCCAGCGGCGUCACUUCCUUGGUUGUUCCGAUAUAUAUUUCUGAAGUGGCUCACUCCAAGGUCCGAGGGAUGCUGGGCUCCUGCGUUCAGCUGAUGGUGGUGACAGGCAUCCUGGGAGCUUAUGUGGCAGGUAUGGGGCUUGAGUGGCGCUGGCUGGCGAUCCUGGGCUCCGUCCCCCCCUGCUGCAUGCUCCUGAUCAUGGCUUUCAUGCCCGAGACGCCUCGUUUCUUGCUGCAUCAGAACAAGCGCUCUGAAGCUAUUGCUGCUCUGCAGUUUCUGCGGGGACCCCUGGUGGACCAUGAGUGGGAAUGCAGCGAGAUCGAAGCAAACAGUGGCGAGCAGCAGAAACUGGCUAUAGCAGAGUUCAAGAAUCCAGCCAUCUACAAGCCUUUCCUAAUUGGAACCACCAUGAUGUUCUUCCAGCAGGUGUCGGGGAUCAACGCCAUCAUGUUUUAUGCAGACACUAUCUUUGAGGAGGCCAACUUCAAGAACAGCAACGCUGCGUCGGUCAUUGUGGGGUCCAUACAAGUCUUUUUCACAGCAGUGGCUGCUCUCUUCAUCGACAGAACGGGAAGGAAAAUCCUUCUGGUUGUAUCAGGGAUCAUCAUGGCCAUCAAUGCAGCAGUGUUUGGGAUCUACUUCAAAGUAACAGCCCCAAGUCUCAGCAACUCCUCCUACAUUGACUCACUGAAUGCCACACUCAUGGAAGAAGAGCACCACCUCUCUUGGCUGGCAGUGCUGAGUGUGGGUCUCUUCAUCAUGGGUUUUGCCCUGGGCUGGGGCCCCAUUCCAUGGCUGGUGAUGUCAGAAAUAUUCCCGCUCCGAGCACGAGGAGCAGCCAGCGGUGCCUGUGUCUUAACAAACUGGUUCAUGGCGUUUCUGAUAACCAAAGAAUUCCAUGACUUCAUGGUCCUCCUGACCCCUUAUGGUACGUUCUGGCUGUUCUCUGCUAUGUGCCUUCUCAACGUGCUCUUCACUGUUUUUUGCAUACCUGAAACCAAAGGCAAGACCCUAGAAGAGAUAGAGACUUACUUCCAGGGAUCACGUCAGCCAUUGGCAUUCUGAGGGAGGAAAUCUGCCGUCUUUCCUCUAGGAUUUUAUCACGGGUGUUGACUGAUGGGCCCCAAAUCUUCCUGCUUCAAAGAGAUUCUCGUGGAUUUCGUGGGGAGCUGACGGGUCCAGUUCAGCUUUUAAGGAAUGUAACCGGGGAGUUUUUGGGGAGACAAAGGUGGACUUUGUGUGAGGACUGAUCACAUUGUAGUGAAAGAACGAAUGGUGCUAAACUUUCCAAAAUAUGUUUUUCUAAUCUUUGGCUAUGCCAUGACAUAUAUUUUCCGUUGUGCCUGCUGACUGCUGCUCAAAAAGGUAAGUGUUAUGAAAACAGACGCAUGGUUGGCCCCGUUGUUCAGUUACAGUGCUGUAGCCGCGGGGCACGGAGAUCGGGUGGGCUUGGCAAAACAGCCUUCUCUCAUUGCCACUGCUGCCGUAUCUAGGAGAAAUAGGUAGCAGCAGUGUGAGGCAUCACUGGCCUGUUUCAUUGGUCCGUUUUUUAAAGUCUGUAGGCCUUUGGCAUACAGAGAUGCGAGACCAAACUUGCAGGCAGUAUUCUAGCCCGUUUGCUCAGCAGGAGGGACACGUGUCCCUAUCUAGUGUUCUAACCAGUGCGUGCAAAGACAUUAGGAGUAGUGGUCGAGCAACUGACUUUUUAUUUGUAGAGUGUAAAAUGUGAAUGUUAUUUUAUUAAUAUUUAAUACCGUUAACUCUGGACAGAUUAGGUUGCCAGUAUUUUAGGUUAUGCUGAGAGUCAGUGUGGUUAGAACCAGGGGUGGAAUUCUAGCAGGAGCUCCUUUGCAUAUUAGGCCACACACCCCUAAUGUAGCCAAUCCUCCAAGGGCUUACAAGGCUCUUUUUUGUAAGCUCUUGGAGGAUUGGCUACAUCAGGGGUGUGUGGCCUAAUAUGCAAAGGAGUUCCUGCUAGAAUUCCACCACUGUUUAGAACACUGGACUAGGAGCAGGGACAUCAAGGUUCAAACACCCAUUCAGCUAUGAUAGUCACAAAGGGUGACCUUUGCCUCAUUGUUCUCUCUUUUGGCCUCACUUACUUUGGUGGGCUCCUAUGAGAGUAAAUUUAUUUAUUUACUUCAUUUGCACCCCACCUUUCAGAGAGCCAGUUUGGUGUAGUGGUUAAGUGUGUGGACUCUUAUCUAGGAGAACCAGGUUUGAUUCCCCACUCCUCCACUUGCAGCUGCUGGAAAGGCCUUGGGUCAGCUAUAGCUCUUGCAGAGGUUGUCCUUGAAAGGGCAGCUUGUGGGAGAGUGCUCUCAGCCCCACCCACCUCACAAGGUGUCUGUUGUGGGGGAAGAAGAUAAAGGAGAUUGUAAGCCGCUCUGAGACUCGGAUUCAGAGAGAAGAGUGGGGUAUAAAUCUGCAGUCACCUUCUUCUUUCUCCUUAGUGGGGACCCCAGGCAGCUUACAUCAUUCUUCUCUCCACAGAAUAACUCUGUGAAGUGGGUCAGGCUGAGAGAGUGUGAUUGGCCCAAGGUUGCCCAGCAGGCUUCUAUGGUACAAAUUGGGAUUCGAACUUGGAUCUCCCAGAUACUAGUCCAGCACUCUUAACCUCUAUACCACAUGGACCAUGCACAUUGAUCUCCUUGUUGGAAGGGCAAGAUAAAAAUGUGUUAGGUUUUUGCUAUUUUAUACCAAUUCAUUCCCACAAUACCUCAUAUAACCUGAGGCUCUUUCACUACAAAAUUUCUGGGUGUUGCAUUAGAAAUGCACGCGUCUUCGCAGGACGUUGGCUUUCCCCCAUCCUUCCAUUUGCUUAGCAGUUCUGUGCAACUUUUCUAUCUGGCAUGGCAACUUCUUAUACCAGUAGAGGCUGGGCUGGUUCAGAUGUCAUCAAUCUCUUUCCCUGUCCCCGUGCUUUUGUAACUACUGAACUGAAUAUGGCAGAAGUGUUUACCUAGAAGUUCAGAUCCCAAGUUUAUUGUUAUAGUCUGGUUACAGAGCAUACGUGUGCAGUAUCAAUAAAGCAGACAUUUGAUCUGGAAAAAAA